UAAAGCUGUUUACCUUAUACAAGGUUACAUUAUUUUGCAAGUUUUCAUUACAUAUUCAACGACGUAAUACCCAGUGAUUAACUUAUCUGGGGUAUUUAAAACCAGAGAUUUUCCGAGUAGAAAGGUGAAAAUAUGGAAAAGUUAAACACACUUUUUAAAUCGAUCACAUUGGUUUGGAUUCUAGCUUAUUCAAUUCUCACGAACAAUUUAAUUUCUGGCGAGGAGACACAGUCUGAGUGUGAUUCCAAACAGCUGGAAGAGCUCACCAUGCUUAAAACGGAAAUGUCACAGUUCAAAGAAAUAAUUGAGAAUCAACAAACCGAAAUCAACAGCCUUCAAAAUAAAAUCAAAGCAUUGCAGCACAAACCGACUGCCUUCCUUGCGGAGAUAACAAAUAGCAUUUCUGGAUCCAGUUUCCGCGUCUACUUCCAGAAUGUCAAGCUUAAUCUCGGGAACGCUUACAUUCCACAUCAUGGGCUAUUUAUAGCUCCAGUAAACGGUACAUAUUUGUUUUCCGUAUCAGCUUGUUCUAAGGCGGGCAGAUAUAUUACACUGUCCAUUGUUGCCAAGAAUAUCGCUGCUGGCCACCUUUUAGCCGGGUGCUCUUCGAUUACAGACUGCAAUUCCAAAGAUUUUCUUUUGUGGCUUCAAGCUGGUGACGACGUUUACAUUCGACACAGUGGUGAAGGCGAUUAUCUCUUCGCUAACUCGAAGUAUGGUUAUCCAACCUUUUCGGGAGUACUUGUACAUGCGGAUUAAAUCCACGCAAUAUCUACAUAACUCUAACAACAGUCUAUGAUCAUGACAAUAGUGCACUUUUCCUAGGAUCGACAUGAAGCUCGUAUGAAGUAAUGACGUCACGGUGUUUUAUGUGAGAAGUAUUAUUCGUUAUCCAUAGAAAUUCAUAUUAUUGUCACUAUGAUAAAUAGAUGUAACCAGAUUAUCUAGUAUUGUUGAAUAAAGGGUAUUUUUUUUCAAA